AUGCAGGGCAAGGAGAGCCCCGUCGGGUCCAACACCCAGGAGACCCAUCAGUAUGUCGGCCCUUAUCGACUGGAGAAAACCUUGGGCAAAGGGCAGACCGGAUUGGUCAAGCUUGGGGUGCACUGCGUGUUGGGCAAGAAGGUGGCUAUCAAGAUCAUCAACAGGGAGAAGCUGUCGGAAUCGGUGCUGAUGAAGGUGGAGCGGGAGAUCGCGAUUAUGAAGCUGAUCGACCAUCCUCACGUGCUCGGCCUGUCGGACGUGUACGAGAACAAAAAAUACCUAUACCUUGUUCUGGAACACGUCUCGGGCGGGGAGCUUUUCGACUAUUUAGUGAAAAAGGGUAGACUAACGCCGAAGGAAGCGAGGAGAUUUUUUCGACAGAUCAUUUCCGCGUUAGAUUUUUGUCAUAGUCAUAGUAUAUGUCAUAGAGACUUGAAGCCUGAAAAUUUGUUACUGGACGAGAAGAAUAACAUUAAGAUCGCGGACUUUGGGAUGGCGUCGUUGCAGCCGGCCGGCUCCAUGCUGGAAACCAGCUGCGGCUCCCCUCAUUACGCCUGCCCCGAAGUCAUUCGGGGGGAGAAGUACGACGGCAGGAAGGCGGACGUCUGGUCGUGCGGGGUGAUACUGUACGCGCUUCUGGUGGGCGCGUUGCCGUUCGACGACGACAAUUUGAGAAAGCUGCUGGAGAAGGUGAAGCGGGGCGUGUUUUACAUUCCGCACUUCGUGCCGCCCGAGUGCCAGAAUCUGCUCAAGGGGAUGAUCGAGGUCGAUCCGGACAAAAGGUUAACGCUGGCGGAAAUAAACAGGCACGUGUGGGUGACAGCGGCGGGCAAGGGCGAGCUGGAGCUGGAGCUGUCGAUGAUGGACGUGGUGCAGACGCACGUUAUUCCGUCCGUGGAGGCGAUCGAUCCGGACGUGUUGCAGGCGAUCGCGAGCCUGGGCUGCUUCAAGGAAAGGGACAAGCUUAUCCAGGAGCUGCUCAGCCCGAACCACAACACGGAGAAAGUGAUAUACUUCCUGCUGCUCGAGAGAAAACGGAGGAGACCGGCGUGCGAGGACGAGCUGGAGGUGAUGAGGGGCGGCAUGAGAGGAUCGGCGAGCCAACUGGAGGCGGACCCGCCGCGGAAGCGGGUGGACACGUGUCGGGUGAACGGCAGCACGGCCCUCAAUCUCGGCGAGAUCAGCCACGGUUCCCCUCUGACCCCUCGGAGGCAGUCCAGCACGAGGCACCACGCUCGCCGCUCGCCGAGCACAGGAUGCCACACGCACGCGUCGCACUCGCACGCGUCCACGCCGGGCAGCUCGCCGCUCCAUGGCUCGAACGCGGUCGCGGGUCUGCUGAGUCCUCACAGAGCUCCUCCGAGCUCGCACGUUGGCCAAACCGGAAGUCCUCACAGGCUGUCGGCGGUGACGAGCUCCGCGGGCAACGGGAACACCGCGAACCCUGCAGUCGCGGCACCUGUCCCGGCCCUGCCCAGCGUGGGAAUCGAGAUAAACGACGUUCAACAAGUAGUAGCGGUCGGCGUUACACCGCCGGGAUCGCCGCACACGGGGGCCGGGUCCGGCGCCCAUCACUGGAGAUCGAGACUGACCACCAUCAAGAAUUCGUUCCUGGGCAGCCCACGGUUCCAUCGUCGCAAAUUGCUCACGAGCACCGAAGAGGUACACCUCACGCCGGACUCCUCGCCGGAGCUGACGAAGAAAUCGUGGUUCGGCAGCUUGAUGACCACGGAGAAGGACGAAACGUUCACCGUUCUCGUGAAGGGGAAAGUGUUGGCCAGCGUGAAAGCCGACUUGAUCCACGCUUUUUUAUCGAUAGCGGAGCUGUCCCACAGCGUUAGUUCGCCCAUGUCGUUCCGUGUGGAGUACAAGAGAGGAGGCACGGCGCCGGCGAUGUUCCAGAGACAAGUCCGCUUUCAAGUCGACAUCAGUGCCAUAUCGAAGCAGCAGAACGAACCGCUGUUCGCCAUCACCUUCACUCUCCUCAGCGGCAACAUCCGUCGGUUCAGGAGAGUCUGCGAGCACAUUCAGUCGCAGGUCUGCACGCGGAACGUCGGGUUAAGCCUCGGCGGGCAGAGCAGGGCGGCGCCGCCGAGCCCGCGCGCCUCGCGGAAGUUCGCCACGGAGAUGAGCGAGAGCUCCAGCUGCGGCAGCGACACCAGCGAACGACUCUUCCUCAGCCCGCACCCAGCUACCAGACAGGUAGUCUGUUUUAACAAGAUCGACUCGGACCUCGAAUCGGACACGUCCGUGUUCGACGUGAAGUCGCCGACCCGCGAGAACGGGCGCAGGAGCUCCACGUCGACGAACAACAACAACCCGUUGCCGGGCGACACGACGCCGACGCCCGGCAGCCCGACGAAGGCGGUGCGCAGCAACUCGGAGAGCCAGAACACGCCGGAGAAGAAGUGCGUGACCACGAUGAGCGGCAACAACAUAGCGUGAUACUAUCAGAACUUUCGCUUCGAGUUUCGGUCCAGCCUGAAGAAUCUGUGGGACAGCGCCCAGAGAUUCUGGUGAACCUGUCGACAACCCGCCGCCUCUGCCUCCGCAUUCGUAUCCGCAGCCGCAGCCGCAGCCGCAUUCGCAUUCGCAAUCGCAUUCGCAUCCGCCGCCCUCGCGUUACCGGAGCAAACGAUCUUAGGCGAGAACGAGUGAAACUGUCCCGAUCCACAGAGCCAGAUCUGUCGGGAGGAGUCGGUAGCCGAGCAACUGGAAGGCCAACGCUGCAACACGCGAAAGAGUACAGCGAUGGAAACCGGAGAACGACUAGGGAGAAGGUAUCCCGCGAACGAAGAAAAGAGAAUCGGCAGUGCUAUUCGAGAUGUGCCGGGCAUCCAGAGAGAAGAAGAAUGAUAUCGGAACGCGGUGCAAUCGCGCGUUCCGGAAGGCUUGUUCGGCAUCCUCGGAGCAAGCGAGACCGCCGACGAGACCGGUAGACGAGAUUCGCGAGGACGGACGCGUCGGGAUCCGAGAUGUCCGCGCGAAGAUCACCGAGGGAGGAGAGCCAGUGCCGCUUCCCGCGUCCCGUCCGCCAGUGAUCGCGCUCGAUUGCCGCGUGUCCACGCAAUAGUGAAGUGCAAUAGUGACCGUGUGUCGGUGUGCAUCGGACCGCGUCGUUGUAAGAGUGUUUCACUUGGUACGUAUUUAUUAUCCUGUCGCGUAUCGACGCGAUUAGCCAAUUUCGUUCUCGUCGCGUACACGAUCGACCGAGGCAAAACGCCGGAGAUGUUCAAUGAAAAUUGCAUUCGCGUGCACCGGCGUUCGCUCGGACCUGUGUACUUAUGUAGAUGUUACGCUCGCCCCGUCGGAGGAGUCUCGACUGUCCGUGCCGUGAAGACGCUGCUUCGAGUAUUGUUUCGUUCGGUCCUUGACGCGCGCGGCAAAGAGUUUCGCUCGCCUCGAGUUCCAUCGGGACCAGUUUUCGAUUAACCUCUCCGCGAAUUCUCGCUUCUUAUCCGGGGGAUUUCCUUUGUUAUGGGCACCGAUCGAUCCCGUAAUCGGCCGAUCCGUCGAGCCACUUUGUUCAGUAUGCGUUAAGUUUCUUCAUGCACGCGUCUCCCCGAUUAUUCCCGUCGUUUCGGAGAUCGACGGCAAGGUGGAACGUCGGUUGUCCGAAAGCGGACCGCGACGAGUACGUCGGCCGUUAGCCGAGCCGGUUAACUCCGCGAUACGAACAGUAGAGAAAAGUAGAAGAAAGUGAUGCAAUAGCAAUACAUUCACUUUGAAAAUUCCGCUUUCAAUGGAGAAUCAAAUAAACGUUAUAGAAUGUUACAAGUGUAAUUAUUACAGGUAACUAUAAGCUAACGAGCAUGUGGAAUGCAUAAAAUAGUAUAUUCUCCAAGUAAUCUCCCUUGUUACCGCAAUCGUUGCAUAGCCAAAAGAAUUUUUCUUAUUCCGUGGUAAAUACUAAACCCAAUAAUAAGGAAGCUUGUUUUAAAGUAUAUGAAAAGUUAGUAAUCGAUCGAACGGUUUGAAAAAUGCAAGUAGCUCGAAUCGGAUCGUAAAUCCGAUUGCAAUUCGACGACGAUCAUACACGCGAACGUUAUCUCCUCGCGUUUCCGAGAUUCGUUUCGAGAAACGAACAAUUUUAUCGCGGCGUGACCUCGAAUCUCGAAUAACCGACGUUCCACCGCGAUCACCGAGCAGCCGGACAUGCCUUACGCGCGAGCACGCGCCGAACUCGUUUUCAAGCCGCCUUAAGCCAAUGGUGCACGAUCGGUCAGCGACAAAAUGUCGCAUCGACGGCGAUUCCUUUGGAUGAAUAGAGACGCCAAGUUCUGUUGUCCUUCUUUUCGUGAAACGAAAGGGUGUCGCGUCUUUGUUCCCCCAAAAGGAUCGCCGCUGCGACAGUUUCUCGCGAACCGAUCGCGUGCGUUUGGCCUGAAUCGAACAGGUAGACGCGAACAAACGUCGGCCACGCGCAACUCGCAUACCUUUCUGCGCGCAGCUUUCCGACAGGGGGUGAGAAUGGACAAUCCGAGGCAAUUCAGCGAAUUAACGUUUCUGCAGCGACCCUAUUUUUACACCCUCCCCGCGACAAGGAUCAAACACUUUCCCCGCGUAUUGGGUGCUUAACCCUUUGCCCUAUGAUCUCUUCUCAACUCUGAUCGACACGACUACUUCGUCGUUAAUAAUUUAUUGGAAAAAGAUAAAAUAUCGAGGCAUUUCCCAUGUUUAUAUUUGCUUUCAAAUGUAACAAUUGAUUACUGGAGAACAAUAUUUACUCCGACUUGGAACGAACCGAGUAAUAUUUAUGAUUGUUAAGUCAUAUUGAAAAUCCUCACCGCGUGUCGAACGCGUUGUUAUAAGGCAAGGGGUUAAAGGACACGCGCAGCUUUACGGUACACGCGACAUUUUCCGUUUUCACCCUCGCGACCCGACAUUUCCCCACGUACAGGGAGAACGGCGCUUUUGAACCACCGAUUUCGUCGCGACGUUGGAUGUCCUCGUUCCAUUUCAGAAAAUUCCCCGUUGAAUUAAACGCUUCCCGAAGUCUUAGCGGAAUCGGUUAUUCGAAAGCGUCGUCCAGUUCCCGCGAAACGAAACGAUCGGACUCUGAUAGGUGACUUUCGUUAGGUCCGGCGUUCGCAUCCCGAGUCUCGGACCAAAGGGAUCUUCGACCUUAUCGUGGCGACCGGGCCCGAAGUCUAAUUCUCGGCUCUACACGGUAGAAACACAGGGGGAAAGAACGAGACGACGACUAGCCGACGAGAAAAUGCGAGCGAGUUGUAAAAGCGAAACGACGGAACGCGAGUAAAAUGAAAACGAGAGAGAAAGAGAUGAAAAUUCGCUUGCGGCGUAACGAUCGCGAGAGAUUUAUUUUUUGCACGCGGAUAAACAUUUCGAAAGACUAAUAUAUAAAUAUAUACAUAUAUAUGUAUACAUUCAUACAUAUAUAUAUAUAUAUGAAUAUAUGAAUAUAAAAAUACGAAUAUAGAUAUAUAAACGAGAGGAGGGGAGAACAGAUAUAUAAUACACGCGUACACGUAUAAGUAGGUAGGUUUCAGCAACGAGCGACGCGUUGCGUUGCCGCGCGUACGGCUUCUUGUCUGCUUCUUGCGCGAACUUAACAGGGAAAAGUGUGAGGGGAAGGGGAAAAGAAAGAGAAAGAGAGAGAGAGAGAGAGAGAGUCAGAGAGGGAAGGAAAGAUCGAAUCGUUGGCAGAGAACGAUCGGAUCUAGCGUUUCCAAUCGCACUGUAGAAGGAUAAGCGAUGAACAGAGUAUAUACUUAUCGUACACGUUCUCCUCCGACAGACACCCCGAACAGACAUAUCGCGAAAACUGUCCCGGCUUCUUAGUGGAACGACGAAAAGACGCAUCGUAACCGCAACUACUAGCAACCUUUUUUAACCGAAAGACUCGUCGUAGACCUAACCGAAGUCGAAUCCUGCCGACCGUAAGAAUCCUCGCGGAUCGAAACGAACUUUCGUGAAACGAAACCGACGUCACGCAACUCGAGAACGUCGUAGCAGGCGUGUAGUCGAUCGUUCGCGUUUCCUUUCCUUCGUUUUUCGUUUCCCCUUUUCCCGGUCGUCUCGACCGAACAGCCGAUCGGCGGUUCUCGAACUAGAUAAAGAAUUUGCCGCGAGAACGAACGUAAUUCUCUCGGCCCGAUCUCGCGUCGUUCCCGCGAGAGUUCUCGGCAGUGCACACCCGCGACGGGUGUAUCAGUAGCCUUCGACAACGAAAUCAGUGUUCGCGAAGAAAGCGAUCCUCGGCUUUUCUUCGGUUCCGUGUCACGCGACGCGCGCCUCUCGGGCUCCGGCGACUUCCAGUCAGAGACGCUGGCCGCCAUUGCGGCGGCCUCUCGUUCGGGCCGGUGGCACGCGAGCGUACAAAUGGCGGACGUCGUUUCGCGCGGACACGGACGAUCGCUGCACACGAGCGUUGGUUCUUCGCGUCAUUUAGCGCGGAAAGUCCAAGGAAAACGAGCGCGUACCUAAUACUAGUGUAUCGAUACUAGAGAUUUUUAAUAUUAACGAACAGCGGACGAAUUAACGUUACAUCGUAAUGAUGUCGUCUUUCAAUAUCAUCAGCAAUAUGGAUGACUGCUAUUAUGACUAGUUACACAAGGGAAAUUGUUCUUAAAUCGUAUACUACAGGAUAAGAGUAGGUAAAGGAAGUUUUUCAGUUUUGGCACUUACAGUGUUCUCUGCAAUAACUCUUUAACUCGAAACAUACGUUUCCGUAGCAGGCAACUUCCGUUUAAAUUUGACGUCCGUCAUUUCAACGCUCGCGUGCUCCUAGCCUUGGUCGUCGAGGAAAUUUCUUACCGGCUGGCUAGACGUAGGCGAAAGGAUUCGAUCCUUCGGUGUGUUCGCUCGAAUCAUAAAUCGCGAUGAUGAUGGUCCCCCGAUGCCUCUCGCUUUAAUACGCGACACGCACGGUUCCGAUUCGAUUCUCUCCGAUCAGACACGGCAGAACCGAGUGACCGAGAGCCAGAUAGGCGAACGACACGUUUCGACAAACAGUCGUCCAUAAACAGGAAUUCGCGUAAACGUUCGCGACUCUGUUCUCGAGAAGUUGGCAUCGCGUCCCGCGAUUUCCAGGGAACGAAGGCGAAACGGAUGAAGCCUGAUUUACUCGCGAGUAAAGCUCGGACAGCGUCGGGCUUACAGGGUAACUUGAAAGGGAUCCAGAUAAGUCGAUCGAUUCGAUCGAACGGACGAAUUAACCCUUCACAUUCCGAAGAUACUGGAAGGUACCGUUUUCCUCGGAUCGCUGCGUACGAAUCGACCGAAUACGUUGAAAUUCUUGUAGUGAAUCGGGGCUUAAAUCGUGUCCGCUAGGAAAGUUAUCCCAACGUUUCGCCAUCGCUGCAGUUGGCUUCGAUUCGCUACAACCUUCCAGGCCGUGAAAGCAUCGAACCUACGCUGCUGAAAUUCUCGUUCCAAUCCGAUUCCGUUUCGCUCGAUCGAGCUCGAUUCGACGUUCCAGUGUACGCGUUCGUGUCUCGGCGAUAAUAAGAAAACUCGCGUGAGCGGUUAGCGUGCACGUUGCUCGAAUAGUCGUCGAAUAUCUAGAAUAUCGAUAGGCGGUAAGAAAUUAGGAGAACGCGGUUCAGGACUGAGAAGGUUAAACGAGGAGGCGCGCUGAUCUAGUUGACUAUUUUCCGAUGGCGUGACACGCGUGGACGAAGGAAUCGCUGGUUCUCGGUACUCGAUCGAGCGCGAGCCGUGCGCGUGAAUUGAAAAGGGAGACGGACGAAACGGUCGGGCAAUGUUUAGAAAGUUACUCGUGUCCGCGCCGACUAGAUAUCCCGUAAUUUGUACCGGAGCUAAUUCCAUUAAGAAGCUUGCAAGUAGUGUGUAAGAGUCGUUGGCGCCGACGUCAGCACCCAGCCGCGCGUAGAGUUCAUAGGGAGAUAGUGACGAAGGAACAGGGAAACGGGGGAUAAACGCGAAACCGUUUGUCGUGCGUUUCGCCAACUAAAUUGCUAACUAAGCGGAGGAUCGUGCGACUGCUCGCGUGCGAGAUACGAGAGAAGGGGAGAGUGGAGAAGGGGGCGAAGAGGGGCGUGAAGGGGACAGAGCGAACGCGGACGAGCGUAAAAAAAAAAAUUGAGAAACUUGUUAGAUAGUCGAAACGAAUCUUUAGUACCGUACGCGACAUAUACAUAACACACACCACUACCUUAUAAAUUGACAUUAGUCGUAAGCUUGCGGUUAUCUAUUUACUAAUUGCGGAUAAAUAUAAAAUUACUCGUACGACGUAAGUAGUAGGACUCGAUCGAACUUGGGGGAGGGAGGGAGGAUAAGAGGGUAAAGGGAUCGUGGAAAACGGAUGGCAGAGGGAGAGAAAGGGAGAGAGAGAAAGAGAGGGAGUGAGAGUGAGAGAGAAUGAAGGACGAGGACGCGAGAAGAAACAAAUUACCGGCCAUACUAAGCUAGGAUUUUAUAUCGUGCGAAUUUAAAGGUGAAGAGAUAUACUAAAGUAACUUCGGUGAAUACUCGAGUGAAUGGAUCACGGUGUGCCCGACGAGUAUCGGAUACACCUCGGGAUACCGCUUUCUGUCUCCUGUUUUUCCGUUCGAAUUCUCGCGCGCAUACAGCUAAGCUCUACGGACGAUCAACAAUACUCGCUAUCCCUCACGCGUCUCCGAUUUAUUUUUCGACUCGCUUUUGCGUGAUCCGCGAGCCUCCGGUCGCGCGCUCGCGGCGUUUGAAAACGGUCGCGGAUAAGGGAGUGGACUUUCGUCGAUGAGAUUCUCGAAGAGACGAACCAGUCGAAAGGGAUCGAACGGCGGUCGCGCGACCGGAGACUGCGCGAGUGUGCUUUCCCGGCGAACAGAGACGAGUUUGCGAGCGGAAGCUGCAACGGUGUCCCUUCGGCCGGGCAUAGAACCGUAGGAUUACACAGAUUCCCGACACCGUAUCCUUAAGGAGUUAAGCUAGGCAGAUAGAGGAGAUUUUUAUACAAUUUAUAAGGCGAUUUGCAAUCGAUUGAUUUAUCGCACGUUUACUUGUUGACGUUUCGUUGUAUAGACACUGGCACUGGCACAGGCACAGGCGCGACGCCCUCGAGCACGCGAGCGGCAGCUUCGCUCGAGGAAUCCAAUUAGCGGGAUUAAAACGUUGUGCAACGCAUCUUAAUACCGUUAUCGUUUUCUCGACGAUCGAUCGGUUCGACCGAUUCCCUCGUUCGAGAGAAGUUCGAGCUUCAACGGGGCGACCGGCUACUCGACGGGAAGCAACGAUCGGUACCGACUCGUUCUUCGCGUUCGACGGACAUGGGCCGCGAGCCCGAUCGAUCGAUCCGACGGAGAUUCGACGGAAAACCGACGCUGUCUCCGCGAACCGCGCGGAUACGACUUCCAUCCGAAAAGAGCCAGCCCGCGGUAAUAAUAGCCCCAUUAUCCGUG